UGGGCCCGGCCCCGAGCCCCGAGGCCUGGCCCGGGGGCGAGCGCUGGGCACCGGGCACCGGGCACGGGGGGCUCGGGGAGCCCCGCGGGGGGAGCCGCUGCCCCGGCCCGGUGAAACCGGCCCCGCUCCGUGUGCCUGGGCGCUGCCCGGCCUCGGUACCCCGCCUGCUGGCACCGUAGAGCCGGCCCGGUAACGGGAGGGGGGCUCCCGGUGCGGGGCUCCCGGUGCGGGGCACGGAGCCUCCCGCGGGGACAGGCAGGGCCGAGGGGCCCGGCCUCCGUGCUGGGGGCACGUGUGUCCCGUCCCGGGAUGGACGCGAGGGGCCUGGUCCCGGGGGAGCUGAGGGGAGCGGGGCGCAGCAAACGGCACAAGGCAAAAGCGGAGGAGAGGGGAGCUGCGGCCCACGAGCUGACUCUGCCACCGAUCCCCAGCGAGGACAAGAAGAAAGGGGAGAAGAAGAAGCCAGUUACAUUUAUGUUGAGUAAAAAAACACCCUUGCCUUCGAAGACAUCGUCGUCCCGAGAGAAAUACAGAAGUUUUACUGAGAGGAAGUCAGCGCUCAAGGAGGCUGAAUUAGCUAAAACGUUGGAAGAGAUCAAAAUUACCACGGAUCUGACCAAGCAGAAGAUAAAUGCCGUAGAGGAGCUGAAGCAGCGCAGCGCCCACCUGGCAGAGGCCAACUGCCGGCUGAUGAAGGACAUCCAGCACACCGAUGCCAGCACUGCCGAGCAAGCCAGAGACCUGCUGCAGCAGUACGAACAAUUUCAGAUGGUCCAGGCAAUGACACAGACCUUCAGUCAGAACAGACUGGACACGGCGAGGGCAGAGCUCCAGGAAAUGGAAAAAGCAAUGGAAAAGAAUCUGGGAAAGCUCCAGCAGCAGCUGGAUGAAGCCACAUCAAAAGUACAGGUUCUCCAGGACGAGCUCGGCGUCCUGCGGACCUACACGGACGUGCAUUAUCCCAAACAGGCUCUCCGGAUAGUCCUCCUGCUGUCCGACAUCCAGAACCUGAAGGAGCAGCAGCAGGAUGAGAUAGACGAGACAGAAGAAAUGGGGAAGGCCGUCCUGGAGGAACUGGAAGAGAAAGCGCAGCUAGAACGAGAGGAGCUGUUGCAGAAAGUCGUGGAGGAGGUGUUGCUGCACCAGGAUGGCCUGAAGCAGCUGGUCAUAAACAACCACGUUCUUCGAUGUGAAAUAACAAGGCAAAGAGAGAUUAUUAAGGACCUGGAAGAGGAGAUCAGCGAGCUGCAAAGAAGCAUCCAGACGCUCCGCCAGCGUGCAAGAGACCCGAGAGAGGUGAUCUUUGCUGAUGUUUUUCUCCGCAGACCAAACAGGUCCCGCUGCUGCAGGUGUGGGCCAGCCCUCAGCUCUCCGCACUUCACACGCGCACAGGGUUAUUCCCGUGGCGUGAAAAUACAGUCCCUUGCGUGAGCAGAUGCUCACCCAGCAAACCGGCGGUGCUGCAAACAGCAGAAGGGGCUGGAUCUCCCGUGCUGGGCUGCCAGGGGUUUUAACGGCAAGCCAGGUAGGGCUGCAGCGCUGCGGAGGCGUGAUCCGAAGCAGGAGGAAAGCCUGGAACGCGUCAGGAGACUGUGGGGGAGGCGAGUGGCUGCGUGAUGGAUUAGCGCAACUUAUUUUUUUCCGAUAAAAGAAUGAUAAAAAGGGGAAUUAAUUAGCCUCGACAGCUGGCGGGGCUGGGGUUACUGAGGGUGGCUGGGAGAGGAGUUAAAAAUAGCAGGAAGGCCCAAGUGGAAAGUUUCUGUAACAUCACAAGUCAGGCAUUUGGUGCUUACCCGCCCUGACAGGCAGGAGGCUGUGCCAGAGCCCUCGCCGCCAUCUCCCCGCCGAUUCCCACUGACCUCCCUGCAACUUUUCACACGACUUCACCAGCCGUUCAUUUUUCCAGUUAACCCUCUGGUUCCAGACGUUGCCUUGGCUUCUUGAAAGCAGAACCAGGCGUACGCUGUGCUCAGCUUGGAAGUACGAGGGCACGCAGGAGCGCAGGGUUGUUGCUGGCCCUCCUUGGGCUCCCCGUGCGCGGCACCUGUGUAGCACGGAGGAGCUGCGAGGCCCCUGCACACCCGCGUGUAUCUGCAUUUCUGUUCUCCCUCUUUAAAACUCCUUUCUCAAGGGCCCCCGGGUGGAUUUCACCAGCAGCUCUGAGCCCUGCAUUGGAGUCGCUCCGGACGCACAGUUUGUCCCGGACUGACGCAGGCUGCUGAGCGCACCUCUGAGCGAGCCCAGCUUGCUGUGUUUGUCCUUUCUCUGCGAGAAAGCAGAUGUGCCUGGCUGCCUGAUGGGCUUUCUCUGCUUCUGUUUGUCGUUCAGGACUGACAAUGAGGGGCAGCUAAUUCCGUUCUUUCUCAGAGUCCCAAGGGUAAGAUCUGGCUGGCGUUUGCUGGGAAGUCGAGCUGCGCUCUGGUUUGAGCUGAGCUCGGGCUGAGCACCAGAACCCUCGCCUCGUGCUAAAGGGCUUUUGUCCGCUGCUCCCCCAGCUGCCUGCUGUGUCCUGCUGUGUCCCCAAACGAGUACCUGGUCCCUCACCACUGACACCAGUCCUGGGCCCCGGGGACACGGGGCAGGGCUGGCGCAGCUAACGCCAGGCAGGCGUCCCUGCCAGCCACCUCCAGCCCUCUAACAGUGGGGCCAUUGUAGGGCGCGCAGGAAGCCUCUGAGCCCCGGGUGGGCUGCACAGAGCAUCAGAGGAGUCACCCGCCUCUCGCCCCGGCCGCACAGGAGCUUCUUCCCCUCCUCGUGCCGGGCUCCUGUACGCCAGUCGGAGCACGGCUGCUGAUUCCUGCUCUUUCCUUCGCGCCUCAACUCUCUCCUCUCUCUGCUCAGGUGCACACCGGACACCGAGGUGGUCCUCAGCAUCCCCGCAGAGGAGGCGCCGCUCCCCUAACGCUCGCAGGCCGCUCGCCAGGCUCGGGUGCGGUGCUGAGCCGGCACAGCCUUCCCCAGCGGCGCUUCUUCAUCCCAGCCCCACUUACCGAGGA